AUGCGAAGCCCAAGCAACCUCAAGGAAUUGCAACGUCUUUCAGGGAGAUUGGUCACCUUAUCCCGAUUCCUCCCACGUCUGGGCAACAAAAUCAGCCCAAUAACGAAACUCUUGCGGAAGGCUUCAGCCUUCUCGUGGGAUGAACCAUGCGAAGAAGCCUUCGCGGUGUUGAAAGCAACCCUGGCGACGCCGCCGAUCCUAACGAGACCUGAUCCUUCGAGCCCGCUCCUGGUAUACUUGGCUGUGUCCGACGAGGCGAUCAGUUCGGCCUUGGUGCAAGAAAAGGAAGACACCCAAGCUCCCCUAUACUUUGUCAACAGACUCCUGCAGGAUUCCGAGACCCGGUACCAGCUGAUAGAAAAAGUUUCACUCGGACUAGUCCACACUUCCCGACACCUACGACACUACUUCCAAAGCCACCGAGUAGUUGUACACACCGACUGCCUGAUCUCCAAAGUCUUAGGCAAGCCCGAACUCGCCGGGAGAAUGAUGACCUGGUCAGUCGAGCUCUCACAAUUCGACAUCACCUUUGAAUCGAGAGGGUCGAUCAAAGCCCAGUGCCUGGCGGACUUCAUAAACGAUCUACACCCGCACGACCACUUUGAGGAGCAAUGGUGGACCCUCCAUGUAGACGGUUCCUCAAACCGCCAGGGGAGCGGGGCAGGAGUAAUCUUAGAAGGACCGAAGGGGAUAACCUUAGAACAAUCCUUGCGCUUCCGGUUCAAAGCUUCGAACAAUCAAGCUGAAUAUGAAGCUUUGCUAGCCGGACUAAGGCUGGCCGAGGACAUGGGUGCAUCAAAGAUCAAGUGCCGAACUGAUUCCAAGGUGGUGGCCGAGCAAGUGGGUGGUAACUUCCAAGUAAAAGAUCACAUCAUGAUGAAGUACUACCACGCCUAUCAAAAGUUGAAGACGAGCUUUCAAGAGGUGUUGGUCGAGCACAUCCCUCGCGAGGACAAUACCCGAGCCGAUCAGUUGGCUAGGUUGGCCGCGACAAAGAAACCAGGCCAGUUAAGAACCAUUAUUCAGCAAGAGAUCGACCAACCUAGCGUCGAGUCAGAAAUGGUAGGAAGUGUCGAGGCCGACCACGCCGAUCCCAACGAUCCCUCAGACUGGCGAGCCGAGAUCAAAGCAUUCCUGACCAACGGAGUCACACCGGACGGCCUGACUGAGGCUAAACGGUUGAGAACUCAAGCUAGCAGAUAUGUCAUCAUCACCGGUCAAUUGUACAAACGUGGCUUCUCGACCCCGCUACUCAAGUGCCUAAAUCCUGCCGAGGCCGAUUACGUAAUGAGAGAAGUACACGAAGGCACUUACGAAAUGCAUUCAGGAGCAAGGACGACCGUUUCCAAACUUUUGCGCGCCAGGUACUACUGGCCGACCAUGAACACUGACUGCGGAGCCUUUGUGAAGAAAUGCCAACCAUGCCAGAAGCACAACAACUUAAUUCACCAGCCAGCCGAGCAGCUACACUGCAUUCCCCUAGCAUGGCCGUUCGCCACAUGGGGGGCCGACAUACUCGGACCUUUCCCAGUUGCCAAGGGGCAAUGCAAGUUCCUCAUCGUUGUCGUGGACCUUUUCACUAAAUGGAUUGAAGCCGAGCCCUUGGCAUCCAUUUCAACUCAUCAAGUCCAAAAAUUCAUAUGGAGGAAUAUCAUCACCCGGUUCGGCAUCCUGCAUACCCUGGUCACCGAUAAUGGCCUCCAAUUCACCGACCGAAAACUCAACGAGUUCCUAGCCGGCCUAGGAAUACAACACAAGGUCACAUCGGUCGAGCACCCACAAACGAACGGCCAGGCCGAGUCCGCCAACAAGGUCAUUCUGGCAGAGUUGAAGAAGAGGCUAGGAGAAGCAAAGGGAGCAUGGGCCGAGCAGUUGCCCGAGGUGCUUUGGGCCUACUGA